UUUAAUUAGCGUCUCAGACACAUCCGGCGCAUACUCUGAGUACGGCGGAGUGGCUAGUAGAUGGGCGUGGAGAAGCAGCCUGUAAGCAGCAGCAGCAGCAGCAGCGUUGUGUAUUAGUGGCGGUCGCCCUGUAGGCUGCUGCUGAUCCUAUACACUACAGGUGGUGCUCAAUGAGGUGAGAGAACAAGUCAUCGACAGUCUGGUUUUGGACAUGUCAGAACAUAAGUGUUCAUAACCUCUUUAAAAUGUAGGGCAGCAGCCACUCCCUUCCUGAUGCUCAGGCCUCACCGCUUCCUAUUUUCUCCUCUGCGUCGGUGUCUGAUACAUACAUGUGGGAGAAAUGCUGGCACUACGAGGAGAGGAGAGUCUCUUCGGCACAAUAUGGGUGAUCGCAUGACUUGGGAUAACAUUUACUCCAGCAAUGGUUCCUCACACUUUGACUGGUUCUGUGGUUAUAAAGAUCUGAAGCACUUUCUGCUGUCGCUUAACCAUGAAAUGGUGCCUGAGAAGUAUACAGGACCACCGCUACAUGUGCUGGAUGUGGGUUGUGGCACCUCAGAUGUUGGAGUGGGCCUAUUUCAGGACUCUCACAUCCCAUUGCUGAUAACCUGCAUAGAUCGUUCAACCCCUGCGAUUCUUGCUAUGAGAAAUAGCCUCAUGGAAAGAGAACCUCUUACUCCCAAACACAGCGAGUCUCGUCUGGAAUACGUUGAAGGUGAUGUUACUGAUCUGCAUGCCUUUCCCUCCGGUAGCGUGUCUCUUGUACUGGAUAAAGGUACCUCUGAUGCUCUCUUGCGCUCAGGAAAAGAGCAAGCUCGAAGACUGCUACAGGAAGCCCUGCGUGUCCUGCAGGAAGGGGGUAAACUGAUUCAGCUGACAGAUGAAGAUCCGGAUGCUAGACUCCCAUUUUUGGAACAAGCUGGAGUAGGUCCAUCUGUGACAUUUCAUGAUCUGGGGGAUAAGAAAGGCAUGUCUUACUAUGCCUAUAUUGUGACCCGAUCCUAAUGAGAGAACCCAGCUAAUCCCUCAAUGCCUGUGAUUCACUAGUGUCACAUUCAAGACAAAGAUCAAAGUUGGCUCCAAUAUCUUGACUUUUUGUUCAUUCUAUAAUUGCAAAGCUUCUGAUUAUUGAGUUUCAGAUGUGGGAAAUGUAAAAAAAAAAUUGUGUAUAUGUUCCCACCAAACCUUGAUGCCAGUGGUCAUCUAUAAUCCACCUUCAUUUUGUAGGGUAACACAACUCUGCAGUAUUGGACAGUCAGAAAUACAUAAACAGAACAGGUACAGACUAGCUUGAAGGAGGUGUAGAAAGAAGACUUUUAUGAAAGAGAGAAGGGGCUCUGUUUGUUUGAGCUUAUAACCUUCCCAAGAGUCAGGUAUGCUACUUUGAUUUAUGUAAUGAUGCAGUGGUGUGUGUAGAGAUAUAGAUAUCUAUAGAUAGAUAUACUGAUUUAUUUACCACAGAAGAUGACCUGAGAAUUAUUUCCAGAAAUAAAUUUGUGCACUUUA